AUGUGCGACAAGAGCAAAUGCUGUUGCAAGAAAAAGGUCGGUCAGGUGGACCAGGCAACCCUCCAGAAGCUCCAGGCCCAGUACGACGAGUUCUCCAAAAAGGAGAGCGGCUCGCUCCUCAAGAAGCACCUCACCCGCGAGAUCUUCGACAAGAUCAAGACGCGCAAGACGCGCUUCAACUCGUCCCUGUUGGACGUGAUCCAGUCGGGGCUGCAAAAUCCUGACUCGGGCGUGGGACUGUACGCGAGCGACCCCGACGCCUACUCGGUCUUCGCCCCGCUCUUCGACCCCGUGAUCGACGACUACCACGGCGGCUUCAAACCCACCGACGAGCACCCCGCCCGCGACUUUGGCGACCCCGCGAGCCUCUCGAAACUCGAUCCCAACAACAAGUACAUAAUAUCGACUCGCGUCCGCGUGGCUCGAUCCCUCGAGAACUUCCCCUUCAACCCCACCAUGAGCAAGGAGCACUACCUCCAGAUACAGGACAAGCUGUGCAAGGCACUGACCUCCCUGGACGGGGAGCACAAGGGCGAGUACCACCCGCUGUGCGGCAUGGACGAGUCGACCAAGAAACAAUUGAUCGACGACCACUAUCUGUUCAAGGAGGGCGACCGUUUCCUACAGGCGGCCCGAGCUUGCGAGCACUGGCCGAUAGGCCGCGGCAUCUUCUUCAACAAGGACAAAAGCCUGCUGGCCUGGGUGAACGAGGAGGACCACCUGCGUCUCAUAUCUAUGCAGAAAGGCGGCGAUCUGGCCGCGGUUUUCCAGCGCCUGAUCUCCGCCCUGUGCAAGCUCGAGCAGCACGUCAAGUUCUCGCGCAGCCGGCGCUUCGGAUUCCUCACCUUCUGCCCGUCCAACCUCGGCACGACCAUUCGCGCCUCCGUGCACGCCAGCUUCCCCAAGCUCGCGGCCGAUCUCGCCAAGCUCGAGGAAGUCGCCGGCCGCUACAAUCUUCAGGUUCGAGGUACUCGAGGUGAGCACAGCGAGAGCGAAGGGGGCAUCUACGACAUAAGCAACAAGCGUCGGCUCGGCCUCACCGAGUUCCAAGCCAUCGAGGAAAUGCACAAAGGAAUCGUCGAGCUGAUCAAGCUCGAGGAGGGCUGCUGA